GAGAAAGAGCAAACAAACAAACAAACAAAAGUAAUGAGUUUUUAUUAAUUUGGGUAACUCGAUAAUUUGCUCUUUCGAUUACUUUGUCCGGCCGUCUAAGAUGGAAUAAUUUCGUAGGCUCAUGCCCUCCUCGUUCGUCGCCUCCUCCUCCACCUUCUUGGAGUUGUCGCUCCCUUUUACUCGCCUUCUUCUUCUUUAACCCUAACCCUAAUCGUAAAAUCUGCCAACCGUUCGACUGGAUUUCUAGGGUUUUCGAGUUCCGUACCGGAGAGGCUGGAUCAGCAGAAAGGCGCGAUUUUACUUGUGUUUUAGCUUUCUAGGGCUUUAGAAGUUGAAGGAAUCGAGAGAAAUGAGAGGGGCUUUGGUGGAUCGGCGUUAACUCUGGGGGUAAAUCUUCCCUUUUGGAAUCUUUGGAAGGAAAAGGAGGAAUUUACUUGUUCUUGCUUCGCCAACAAGCUUGUUUGUGAUUUGGGUUUCGGAACAAGGCUCAAAUGGAGUUUUUUAAAGGGAAAAAGUUCAGAAGAACUCGCAAACCAAAAGCGGAGGAUGAUCUGUGCCCUGAAAGCGAUCAAGUGGCCUUAGAGGAACCAAAGGUUGACACCAUGGAUUCGGCACCGAAGGCAGCUGCUGCUGACCCGGCUCUGGAGGAGGAGGAUGAUGACGAUGAUUUCAUCACUAAUGAAGUGAAGAGGCGGCUGAAGGAGCUGAGGAAGAACAGUUUCAUGGUUCUGAUUCCUGAAGAAUCGUGCCCAGAAGAGGAGGAGUCAAGUUCAAGUGAGUGGAGGGAAUCGGAGGUGGAAGAUGGGUAUCCAUGGUGUGGAUUCGAUACCUUAUACAAUAAAUAUUGCGAGAGGAUGCUUUUCUUCGACAAGAUGAUCACUCAGCAGUUGCAGGAAGCAGGAUCUUGGAAUAUUUCAAAUAAUUCACCAAGAUCUGUAUCGAAGAAGCUGUCCUUGACUCUAAGGAACCUUUCUUUCAAAAAGCGAGAUGAACUUCAAGAUGACUGUGAGCAUCUACGACAAUCUCGGGAGGAAGACCCUUACCAUAAUCUUGAAACUGCUUAUGUAGCACAGAUUUGCUUAACUUGGGAGGCUCUCCAUUGUCAAUACACCCAACUGAGUCAGAAAAUAUCAUCCCAACCUGAAAAUGCCACCACCUAUUGCUUUGCUGCUCAGGCAUUUCAGCAAUUCCAGGUUCUGUUGCAGAGGUUUAUUGAAAAUGAGCCCUUUGAACAGGGUUCCAGGGUGGAAAUUUUUGCCCGAACUCGAAGUUCUCUCUCCAAGUUGCUUCAAGUUCCUAGUUUUCAAGGUUUGGACCAGAAAGAAAAUGAGGCAGAUGAAUUAGACCCACCAAUCUUUUCCUCUGACCUUUUGAAUAUUAUGGAGGAGUCAAUUUUAACCUUCCUCCUUUUUGUAAAGACAGAUAAGAAAAAAUCAGUCAGUUCUCUGAAUUUAUUUAGGGGUCACAAUCAGGAUGAAAGCUCCCUUCAGCAGGUUAAAGCCUCUCUUGAGAAGCCUGAAGAAUUCAUAGGAAGGUACCAAGAGAUGGGAUGUUCGGCUUCAAAAUUGGAUGAUGAGGAGGCUGUCCGGCUCUGCCGGGACAGAAAGAAUUUUAUCAAAGAGGCCUUCGAGCAGAGAAACCGGUUCGCCUCAGGUCACACUGCUUACAUCCAGUCUCUGAGGCGUGUCUCCAUUGCUCUUUGUAAUUAUGUUGAUGUAGAUGAACACCAUGGCUUCUUCUUAGAUGCCUACACAACAUCACCAUCGACACAUGUCAAAAGGGUAAGCCCUGAAGUCAUCUCAAUUCCUUUAAAAUCCUUCACACCAACACCAACCAAGCCAGGCGAAAGUACCUCUUUUGUUGUGAAUUACUUUAGAUCAGGUGAAAAUCCAUCAGUUUCUAUUGAGGAAAUGCCUGAGUCCCCAGAAGUUGUGAGAAUUGAAUCUUACCACCCUAUGGAUGAUCAUUACGGCAUUGAUAGUUCUUUCACCACAGAUGCUCCACCAAUGAACGCAUCAUUCUUCUCUUCACCUUAUGACAGACCAAGCUAUCCACCAGCAUCACCUCAAACCUCAAAGUGGGACUUAUUCUGGAACCCUUUCUUGUUGAUGGAUACAUAUGGAUACCCUCCUAUGUACAGUCUUGAUCAGGUAGUAGAUGAUGAUGAGAUUACAGGUUUAAGGAUGGUUCAGGAUGAAGGGAUUCCUGAAUUGGAAGAAGAGGAAGACAAAAAUAACAAAAAGAAUGAAGAAUCUAUGAAGGUGGAAAUGGUCAAGAAAUUAGCAAAGGUAGUCCCAGAACAUACUGGAGAAGCGGUUAGUGAAGAUACGGAUGAAGAUGAUAGCAUAACUCGGAAGGUGAAUGAAGUAAAGGAACUUCAGUCUCAAGGCACUGGGAGUAAGGAAGUAUCAAAAUCUAGGAAUGCGGUAGAACUUGAGGUCAAUAAUGAAGGGGGAGUCGUGAGCAAUAGAGAAAGUACACAAGAAACUCCUUGUUUUACAGUAUAUGUAGACAGAAGACCCACAAGUAUGGCAGAGGUUAUGAAGGAUGUAGAGGGCCAGUUCUUGAGAAUUUGUGAUUUUGCUAAUGAGGUUUCAGUGAUGUUGGAAGCAGGCAGAGUUCAGAAAUCGUCAAACUCUAUAGCAGUUAGGAUGUUGAACCCAACUUCUUUGUUCCAUUCAACAUCAUUGCUUUCAUCAUCUUCUAGAUUUUUUAAAGCUUCUUCCACUUCAAGGGAUGAUGGCAAUGAAAAUGGUGGUAAUCACUUGAAGGAACCUUUUACAAUAUCUGGAAGCCACAAGUCAACCCUGGACAGAUUAUAUGCAUGGGAAAAGAAGCUAUAUGAAGAAGUCAAGACUGAAGAACUUAUACGUAUAGCAUAUGAGAAGAAAUGCAUGCAGCUUAGGAGUCAUGAUCUGAACGGGGCAGAGCCUUCUGUUAUUGAUAAAACAAGAGCUGCAAUAAGAGAUCUCCAAACUCAGUUAAAAGUUUCUAUAAAUUCGAUGGAGUAUGUUUCAAGAAGGAUCGAAACGUUACGUGAUGAGGAAUUAUAUCCACAGCUUGUGGAGUUGAUACGGGGGUUGGCGAGGAUGUGGAGGGGCAUGGCGGAGUGUCACCGGAUCCAGAAGCGCAUAAUAGACGAGGCCAAGCUCCUCCUCUUCUCCUCCUCCACCGCCGCCGUCGCCGCAGGACCUCCACCGCCAAGGCUUUCCCGCUCCGCCGCCCGCCUCGAGGCAGAGCUCCGGAACUGGCGGUCCUGCUUCGCCGCCUGGAUCGAGGCCCAGCGGUCCUACGCACGCGCCCUCGCCGGCUGGAUCCUCCGUUGCGCGCCACCCCGGAGGGACACCGACGACCAGUCGGCGGAGGCGUCGCCGCUCGCCGGAAUCGGCGGAGCGCCCCCGCUCUACAGGGUCUGCGUGGGGUGGUCCCGGAUGCUCGACGCGGUCAGCGAGGUGGGGGCGAUCGACGGUGUGGAUUUCUUCGUGGCGGGGGUAGCGUCGGUGACCGAGCAGCGGAGGGAGGGGCCGGCGGCGGCGGCGGAAGAGAGGCUGGGCAUGAUGACGGCGGAGGCCGGCGCGAGGGUGCUGUGCGCGGGGAUGUCGGUUGCCGCCGGAGCGCUUGCCGAAUUUGCCGGUGAGUCGGCGGAGGGGUACGAGGCAGUGGUGAGGACGUGGGUGGAAGGUGGAAGGGAAGGAAGGGUGGAUUCGUAAUCUGAGAAUAAUUUGGGUUAAUAAUUUAUACGUGAUUAAUAUAUGAAAUAUUCGUGCCAAGAAACAGGCGUCUAGCCUGCGGGGCCCUCAUGCAUAGCUAUUAAUUUAUGUGUCAAUUUCGAGCUUGG